UCUCCUCCCGGGAGCAGCUGAGCGGAGCCGAUUCUCUCCGGGUGAUGCGGCUCCCGGGUCCUGAUUGCGUGGGAAGUUUGAAAAGUGCACCGGUUCGCUCGGUUCUCUUUGCGCGCCGCUGUUAACACGCGUCCAUGUUGCGCUUGGACUGGACUGCCUAACAAAAGGAACCCCCUACGUUGUGACGUCUGUGUCGAAUACGCGCGUGCAAAGUGGGCUGCUUACGCGAAUAACGACUUUCGGACACUCUCGAUUUGGCUGUUGCAUUUGGCCUGCACUUAAGGUUAAAAUAUGUGACGCAGUAACGCCGUGCGAUUUCCGACCACGGGGUCACGUGGGAACCCGUUUCAUAAAGACCAUGCGGCUCUGUUUGUCCGAGGCUAGUUUUGUAGCGUGAACAAGACCUGACUGUGAACAAGAGUGUGGAGAGGACCGAACUGCGGUUUUUAGUGGAAUGGCACUCUGUGCUUCGGUGACUCUCACACGAUGGACUUGUUUUCUACUGUUCCUCAAUCUGGGAGGCGCCGGCCGCCGCUACGAAGACGAGCCUGUGGCGUUGGCCGUGCACGUGGGCAGCCAGAUCGAUCUUCCGUGCAAGUCGCUGCUGGCCAACGACCUGCCCCUGCGCAUUAACUGGUUCAAGGACGACUCGCCGAUGCCUGUGUACAGCGUCACAUAUGCGAGCAACCAGAGCUUCCACCGGACCAACAUCAUGCAGGGCCGGCACGCGGCCCGUUCCGACUGGAGCCAGCGAGCCUACUUCAGCGUGCUCGGUUCGCCGGCCACGCUCAAGGUCAACGACCUGGCCUUCCAGGACACCGGCACCUAUGUCUGCCAGGUGGUCAUCAGCCGUGGCACACAGCGGAACGCCACCGUGCAUCUGGUAGUUGUCGGGCCUCUGAAGCCUCCAAUUAUCCGAGACGCAAGAGGAAGAACUAAGAAAGAUAUAGUCGGACCUUACUACGAAGGCGACGAGCUUCGGCUGACCUGUGAGACUCCAGGAGGAAAACCGAGUCCAUCCAUCACGUGGUUCAGGAACGGCAAGGCUAUCACCAACCUGACCCGCACGUCAACCCGUGGUAACAUCCGCAGUGACGCCGUCAUCUCGAGGCUAGAGCGUUCAGACCUGCUGACAGUCUUCACCUGUCAGGUGUCCAACAACAUCUCGGCGGCCGUCGCUUCAUCCGUCAAGCUCGAAAUGAUCCUGCGCCCUCUCGAUGCCGUGGUGCGGCGCGGCGACACGCCCCUGUCAGCCGGCAUCCCGGUGGAGAUCGUGUGCGAAGCGAUGGGUUCCCGGCCGCCGGCGACCAUCAGCUGGUGGCGCAACGGCGUCCAGCUCAACCAGACCUUCAACCACGUGUCGGCGGACGGCAACGUCACCACCUCGGUUGUCAACUUUACGCCCACGAGCGCCGACAAUGGCCUACAACUCAUGUGCCGGGCCCAAAACCCGCUGCUGCCCGGUGCGGUGGCCGAAGAUGUCUGGGUCAUGCGCAUCUACUACAAGCCCAUCCUCAGCGUGGAGCUGGGGCCGCCGUACCGCAACUCGAGCUUGGUCGAGGGUUCGGACGUGUUCCUCGAGUGCAAGGCUCGCGCCAACCCGCCGGUGAGCGACGUGGGCUGGCGGCGCGACGGCAGCGUGCUCGUGCCGUCGGCUGGACCCCAGGAGCUCGUGGUCAACGACAACUUCCUGGCCAUCCAGAAGCUCGGCCGCCACGACUCCGGCAACUACUCGUGCUUCGCCGGCAACUCGGAGGGCGUCGCCGAGAGCGCCUGGUUCAGCCUACGCGUCCAGCACGCGCCAGUGUGCAAGCAGGACUCCGCUGUGGUGUACGUGGGCUCGCGCGGCGACGAGGUGCAAGUGGUGUGCGAGGUCCUAGCGCAUCCGGACCUAGUGUCCUUCCAGUGGAGCUUCGACGGCGGCGGCGACGGCGGAAGCCGAGCGAUCCAUUCGGGCUUCAGCGGCGACCGUGCCACGCUGUCGAGCGUGAUGCGCUACACGCCGCUCACGGAGGCCGACUUCGGGACGCUUCUGUGCCGCGCCAACAAUAGCGCCGGCCACCAGCGGCGGCCAUGCGUCUUUCACAUCGUGCAAGCGAAGCCCCCGGAGCCACUACACAACUGCCAGAUCUGCAACCUGACCGAGACGUCGCUGGGUGUGACUUGCUGGACGGGUCAUGGCGGAGCGCCAGAGGACACGCCCCGUGGCCCUGCCGCUGGCCUGAACACGACGUACGUGCUGGAGCUGUACAGCAGCCAGCAGCCGUCGCAGGUGCUCAACGCGAGCAGCAGCCAGCCCGUGUUCAGCGUUCGCAACCUGCAGCCGCGCACGGAGUACUUCAUCGUCCUCUACGGAGUCAACAGCCUGGGUCACAGCAACGCCGUCAAGCUCUACGCUAGCACGCUGACAUCAGCCGAAGCGCUCCUUGACACAGAACACGCCUGGAACGUCCUGGGUCUCGGCGUCUACUCAAGCAUUCUGAUAGUCGUGCUGGUCAUUCUGUGCCUCGUGCUACUGGUUCUUGCAUUCGUUGUGAAUCGCUGGCGCAAGAAGCAAACGCUCAGAGUCUGA